GUAUACUUUUUAAACUCCCAUUAAGCCAGUAUAAAUACCACUUAAGACUCCCACAAGCAAGCCAAACAGAUCAUUCUUUUCUUCCCUACUACCAUCACAGUCUGAGGUAGAGAAGAUGAAGCAGUUUGCCUUCCCAACUUUGUUACUGGUUUCACUGCUACUGAGCUCCAUUUUCCUUCAACCUACAGUGGCUGGUCCACCCACCACAGCUGCUCCGCCUACCAAGCCUGCACCGCCGACCAAACCUGCACCGCCUACCAAGCCUGCACCACCUACCAUGCCUGCUCCAAUGAAAGGUUUCUGUGAUUCAAAGUGUGGGGUGAGGUGCGCAAAUGCAGGAGUGUAUGACCGUUGCGUCAAGUACUGUGGGAUAUGCUGCCAGGAGUGCAAGUGUGUUCCUUCAGGGACCUAUGGGAACAAGUCAGAAUGCCCUUGCUACAGAGACAAGUUGAACUCCAAGGGCAAGCCUAAGUGCCCUUGAUUUUUCCUUGUUAGGCCCCCCAUUUUUCUCCUAGUUCACAGGUCUUUGAUUAGCUUUAUUGGAGUUGUCUUCUUACUUUUGUGGUUACAAGUGGAAAAAAAAAAAAAAAUCUAUUCAAAAUUAUGUUCUCAAAAAGUAAGAAAACUGCUUCUCAUAAAGCUGAUUAAAGGAUAUGGAAAUAAUUAAUAUUCAUGUAACUUCUUGAGUAAGUGGGCAGAGAGAUUGUCCUGGUGUGCCUUGUGUUGAUGAUGGUGCUCAUGUCCAGCUCCUCUUGGAUUUGUGAAAAUUUUAGUUUGUGUUUUGGGAUUAGUUUUUGAUACAGUCUCUGUUUAUACGCAUCUUCUUAUAUUUCCCAUGCUAAUAAUAAGAGUCAUAUUCUUCGAA